AUGGAGUCUCGGGUCUUACUGAGAAGCUUCUGUUUGGUCCUGGGUCUCGGAGCAGCUUGGGGGCUCGGUGUGGACCCUUCCCUACAGAUUGACGUCUUCACCGAGUUAGAACUUGGCGAGUCCACGGCCGGAGUGCGCCAGGUCCCCGGGCUGCAUAAUGGGACGAAAGCCUUUCUCUUCCAAGAUACUCCCAGAAGUAUAAAAGCAUCCACUGCUACAGCGGACCAAUUUUUUCAGAAGCUGAGAAACAAACAUGAAUUUACUAUUUUGGUGACCCUAAAACAGACCCACCUAAAUUCAGGAGUUAUUCUCUCCAUUCACCACUUGGAUCACAGGUACCUGGAACUGGAAAGCAGUGGCCAUCGGAAUGAAGUCAGAUUGCACUACCGCUCAGGCAGUCACCGCCCUCACACGGAAGUGUUCCCUUACAUUUUGGCUGAUGACAAGUGGCACAAGCUCUCCUUAGCCAUCAGUGCCUCCCAUCUGACUCUACACAUUGACUGCAAUAAAAUAUAUGAAAGAGUGGUGGAAAAGCCCUCCACAGACUUGCCUGUAGGCACAACAUUUUGGCUGGGACAGAGAAAUAAUGCACAUGGAUAUUUUAAGGGUAUAAUGCAAGAUGUCCAAUUACUUGUCAUGCCCCAAGGAUUUAUUGCUCAAUGCCCAGAUCUUAAUCGCACUUGUCCAACUUGCAAUGACUUCCAUGGACUUGUGCAGAAAAUCAUGGAGCUGCAGGACAUUUUGGCCAAAACAUCAGCCAAGUUGUCUCGGGCGGAGCAGCGAAUGAACCGGUUGGAUCAGUGCUAUUGUGAAAGGACUUGUACCAUGAAGGGAACCACCUACCGGGAAUUCGAGUCAUGGACAGACGGCUGUAAGAACUGCACAUGCUUGAAUGGAACCACCCAGUGUGAAACUCUGACCUGCCCGAAUCCUGACUGCCCACUGAAGUCGGCUCUUGCGUACGUGGAUGGCAAGUGCUGCAAAGAAUGCAAAUCAAUAUGCCAAUUUCAAGGGCGAACCUACUUUGAAGGAGAAAGACAUACAAUCUAUUCCUCAUCUGGAGUAUGUGUUCUCUAUGAGUGCAAGGAGCAGACCAUGAAGCUGGUUGAGAGUGCAGGCUGUCCAGCUCUGGAUUGUCCAGAGUCUCAGCAGAUCACCUUGUCUCACAGCUGCUGCAAAGUUUGUAAAGGUUAUGACUUCUGUUCUGAAAGGCAUAACUGCAUGGAGAAUUCUGUCUGCAGAAAUCUGAAUGACAGGGCCGUCUGCAGCUGUCGAGAUGGUUUUAGGGCCCUUCGCGAGGACAAUGCCUACUGUGAAGAUAUUGAUGAAUGUGCUGAAGGGCGCCAUUAUUGCCGCGAGAAUACGAUGUGUGUCAACACCCCAGGCUCCUUCAUGUGCAUCUGUAAAACUGGAUACAUCCGGAUUGAUGACUAUUCGUGUACAGAACAUGAUGAGUGUGUCACAAAUCAGCACAACUGUGAUGAAAAUGCUCUGUGCUUCAAUACUGUCGGAGGACACAACUGUGUUUGCAAACCAGGAUACACGGGGAAUGGAACCACGUGCAAAGCAUUUUGCAGAGACGGCUGUAGGAAUGGAGGAGCUUGUAUUGCUGCUAAUGUGUGUGCCUGCCCACAAGGCUUCACUGGGCCCAGCUGUGAAACAGACAUUGAUGAGUGCUCAGAUGGCUUUGUUCAGUGUGACAGCCGGGCCAACUGCAUUAACCUGCCUGGAUGGUACCACUGUGAGUGCAGAGAUGGCUACCAUGACAAUGGAAUGUUUUCCCCCAGCGGAGAGUCGUGCGAAGAUAUCGAUGAGUGUGGGACCGGCAGGCACAGCUGCACCAACGAUACCAUUUGCUUUAACUUGGAUGGUGGAUACGAUUGCCGAUGUCCUCAUGGAAAGAAUUGUACAGGGGACUGCAUCCAUGAUGGAAAAAUUAAGCACAACGGUCAGAUUUGGGUGUUGGAAAAUGACCGGUGCUCUGUGUGCUCAUGUCAGAAUGGAUUUGUAAUGUGUCGACGGAUGGUCUGUGACUGUGAGAAUCCCACGGUUGAUCUUUUUUGCUGCCCUGAAUGUGACCCAAGGCUUAGCAGUCAAUGCCUCCAUCAAAACGGGGAAACCCUGUACAACAGUGGAGACACCUGGGUGCAGAAUUGCCAACAGUGCCGCUGCUUGCAAGGGGAAGUGGAUUGCUGGCCCCUGCCUUGCCCCGAGGUGGAAUGUGAAUUCAGCGUGCUCCCAGAGGGUGAGUGCUGCCCGCGCUGUGUCACCGACCCUUGCCAGGCCGACACCAUUCGCAAUGACAUCACCAAAACCUGCCUGGACGAGGUGAAUGUGGUGCGCUUCACUGGCUCCUCUUGGAUCAAACAUGGCACGGAGUGCACUCUCUGCCAGUGCAAGAAUGGCCACAUCUGUUGCUCAGUGGAUCCACAGUGCCUUCAGGAACUGUGA